AUGGCAGCUGAGAGAGGUCGAUACAUCGAAUACGUCAAGUCGUCGUGGCGCUGUGGACUGUCAGACCGCCUGGAGUUAUACGAUGCGGAACUGGCGUACCGCAUGCAGCCGCUGAAACCUCAUACCAACGUGAUGGCGUACAUGAAUGAAAUGCAACCGCUGCAGGCACCUCGGCGCCUCUCCAUUUUUGAAUCUUUGAAUUUGAUGAAGGCGGGUAGUCACUUGGGCACACGCAUUCAAGAGAAGCCAAAAGGUGAGGCGAUCCAACGCUUGCCAGAUGCUUUCCCGUUGACAUGCAGUGAGUCACGCACAUGCUCCCUUGCUGUUGGUGUUGAAGUCUUUGGGCACGACGCUGGCAUUAACUCACUGGUUUUGGAUGAAACGGAGGGGCUGCUGCUGUCUGCUUCUGAUGAUUGUACCCUCUCUCUUUACAAUACAACCGAAUGGAAGUUACUGCGGUCGUGCCGUACAAUGCAUCGUGCUGCAAUUAUGUAUGCUGCUUUUCUUGCGGGUGAUACGAGACGCGUAAUUUCAUGCGGUUUGGAUGGUCGAACCCUACUGACCGAUCUGGAAACGGGGCAUCCCUAUCACAAGUGCCGAAUGUUUUCCAAGGCAACCUCUUUGGUAACUUCUCCAUGGUGGCCAGAUGUGGCAUAUGUUGCAUAUACUCACGGAGUCAUUGCUCGUGUUGACACCCGUGAGCGCUAUUCGAUGAAUGAGUUUCCAUUUACUGUAAGUCCACGGGAAGGCGAGGUAAUACAUGUUAACACGCUGGUGUCACAUGAGCGAUGGCCCUUUCUUAUUGCAUCUGGGACCAAUACAGCGAAUAUUUAUUUACAUGACAUUCGUAUGAAUCUUUACAGAGCGUAUGCUUUGUUAACGAUUCCAAAUUUGUCUAAUAAAACCCGCAGUAUUGGCGGGCUUGCUUUUAGUGAUCGCGGUGAUUGGAUGGCGGUAAAUUAUUAUCGUGAGGACGUCUAUACCUUUUCAUGGUUGGAUGCCCUUUACUCCAGCAGCAUACCAGGAGAAGGGAACGAUGAAUAUUUGGAAUUGGAUAACUUCUCUAUGCUUUUUCAUAUUGGAAGACGGCAUGUGCCUUCUAUACCCAUUCAAAACGCUGUUCGUCUGCAUGGGCGAGAGAAUGUGAGGUCGCAUUUUAAAAAUGUCACCUUCAUGGAGGAUGACAGUAUUGUUUGCACCGGUGGCGAUGAUGGAAGUGUAUACUUUUGGCGCAGGGAUGAUGGAACACAGCUCCAUUUCACACCCGGUGAUUCACAGGAGGUCCGCGUCGUUCGAUAUUGCCAUAGCGCUGGGAAACUGGUGAGUGCCGGGGCAGAUGCCAGCGUCAAAGUUCUGGAGCCAAGCAGAUCAGUGAGUGCUGGGGUGCAGAGGGCACGGGCGCUCUGCAUACCGCCUUCUUUCCAAGAGUCAUCAUCAAACAGAAUUGCACCGGAGACAAUGAGGACGGGAAUUGGUGCAGAGACUUCACUACUUCCAACCCUGGACAUAAACACAUCCAGCUAUGAGCCGGAGGCGGAUAUUCAUUUCAGCUCUACUUCCUCUUUAUUAUCAUCAUCAUUGGAUCAUGCGAGCUUGCUGCACGAGGAAGAGAAUGAGUUAUCCCUAGAUGAGGAUUCCAUGAACAAAUCAUUUAUCCGUUAUGCCCGGCGGAAAAUUCCCGGGCGUUCCACUCUCACGCAAUUUAAUACCGUGCUCAACCUACAGGAGAAUGCCCCAUUGGCUGACCUUAUUUUGGCUACGAAGAAGAUUAAAGACGCAUCCGAGUUGGUUGAAAAUGCACUCUCACAACUCUUCUGCGAGGACGAAGAGUCGCUUUACCUGUUGUCUAGGCCAUUCCUGUUUGAACUUGACUCUCUGGAAGAUUUAAAUAUAGGCGGAGAGAGUGAAACACCGUUUUUUCACGAGGAAGACGCCAGUGAUAGGGUGAAAAGGAAUAAGGAAAAUACAACUCGUGGUGAGGACGAUGUUGACAUCCAAUUUACACAAAAUACUGUGAUGAAUCAGGCCAUCCAUAGCGAGUUAUGUAAAAAGAUGUUUGUGGCGGUUGAAAAGCUGCUGGCUUAUGUUCGUUGUGCCUUUUCUCAGUGGACCGUGCCGAAGGUUGGGGCGGCGCAAAUACCACACUGGAGCGCUUGUACUUGGGGGAUUGCUACCCUUGUGCCAACGCCGUUGGAUGAUGACUGGCUGAUGAAUACCCUGAACAAACCUAUUGGUUCGCCGUUCGGUGUUCGGGAAAGAGACAAUCAGAUGAAUUGGCAGGAUGCAAAUCAUGUAUUCUCUACGGUUGGCUCCGUGGAUGUAGCAGCUAGUAUGGGACGAUUGCGCGUCAGGUGUCUCUUGUACAUGAUGGAUAUUGUUCUGCAGAAGAACCGGUUUCUCUUGCAUACGAUAGAAGAUGUUCAGAGUUACUGGCAGUUUUGCGCGGGACUGGAGUUGAAUUAUGUAUAUUACUACAUGGCGCUUGGAGACAGGGAAAGCGCACUGGACAGGGUGGCUGGAUUGGAGCGGCACGCCGAGUACCGUUGCGUCACUGAGCUUGGGGCAGUGGGCAGCGCAUGCAUGGAGAAACAGCGCUCUUGUUGUGAAUUACCAAUGAUAAUCAGGAUGCUGCGGGUGCUGGAUGCUGACGCAUUUCCCCCUUUACUCAUCCCACUGGCGCUUCGUAUUCGUAUUUUGGUUCUUUCUUCUAACACAGGGUGCGCUGUUAUUGCCCCCAUUGUUGAUCAUGUUGCUGGUGAUGACGCUGUGACCACAUCUUCCUCUGCGGGUGGCUCAGGUGAGGAACGGGAAGAGGAUGACGAGUGGCAGAAUGAGGGCCGUGGAGGCGCUGAGGUGCUCGAUGAAAACACACGGCGUAUCUCCGUAUUAACCCGAGAAAUGCGGAAUCGUCUUUGCGGUCAUUCGAAUGUUGUUUUGAGAGAACAAGUCAGGAGGAUGCUUCGUCAGAUCCGUGUUUGCGUUUGA